AUGUGUGGACGUUGUCGACCCCUCCCCCCAUCCGAUGGUGCCAGAUACCUCCUGACGGUAAUUGACUGGUCCACCAGGUGGCCAGAGGCCACCCUGAUGUCAGAAGCCACUGCAGAUGCCUGUGCCAAAGCCCUCCUAUCCAGUUGGAUCAGCCGCUUAGGCAUGCCAGACGACAUCAUGACCAACCAGGGAACCGCCUUCACCUCGGAACUCUGGAUUGCCCUGGCACGCCUGAUGGGUAUGAAACACCAUACCACCAUGGCCUACAACCCCGCAGCCAAUGGCAUGGUGGAGAGAACCCACCACUCCUUCAAGGCCUCCCUGAUGGCUCACUGCAUGGGCCCGGACUGGAAGGCACUAUUAUCGUGGGUCCUCCUCGGCCUCUGCACUGCCCCGAGAACCAACAGCGACCCCUGGACGAAGACGUUCCCGCAGAAAGCUCCCGCAGGACCCUGCCUCGGAACUAAACCACGCCGGAGCCCGGCAGCGCCCCCAGACGUCGCCAAGGUCGCCCAAGGACAGCAGUCGAAUCCCUCAGGUCCACCACCAGGGGCGGCAUCCUGCUGUUCGACUUGCCAGAAGACGAGGAGGCCGAGGACGUCCCCCAACAGAUGGCGUCACUCAACUGCGGAUUCCUCCAGCCCCCAACAAGAUACUGCUGAUCAUCAGCCAACGAUUAUUACCCAAUCUUUGUCUUGGGGGUCUGGUUAG